AUGCAGAAUGGCAGUGAUCCUAAACGUUACACUGAGCGUCACAGGCACCUGAUUUCUCUCUUUGCCGUCUGCACUUCCUCCGCCCCAUUUUACAUCAUCACCGAACUAAUAGAGAAGGGAGACCUGCUUAAUUUCCUCUUAAAAAAUCCAGAGGGUAGUGCAUUGGACAUGGAGUCUCUGAUCGACAUGGCAGCUCAAGUGGCAGAUGGGAUGGCAUACUUAGAGACACAUAACAGUAUUCAUAGAGACCUUGCAGCAAGAAAUGUUCUAGUCGGGGAGGGAUAUGUCUGCAAAAUUGCUGAUUUUGGCCUAGCUCGAGUCAUUAAGGAGCCUGUUUAUGUAUCUGAUGACAAGAAAAUCCCAUAUAAAUGGACCGCGCCUGAGGCUAUCGGUCAUGGCCGUUACUCAAGCAAAUCUGAUGUCUGGUCAUUUGGGAUUCUCCUUUAUGAGAUUGUCACAUGUGGAGCAAUACCUUAUCCAGGUGUGCGUAAUUGUGAUGUGUAUGAUCUCGUAACACGAGACAACUAUAGAAUGCCUUCACCAUCUAAUUGUCCAGAGGUUAUUUAUAACAUCAUGCGAUCUUGCUGGAGAGCAGAGCCAGAGGACCGUCCGACUUUUAAGAUACUGAGGCAUGAACUAGACAUCUAUCAAGGCAACUAAGGGGACUUGGGUAAAUUGGACAGUUAGAUUCCACCCCUUCCAAACAUCCUGAAGUCUUAAACUCUUACAUAGUAAAACAAGACUGACCUUGAACAAUGCUUAAAGACAGAUGCAUCAUACAAUCAUCUUUGAUGGAUUAGAUGGACUGUAGAUUAGUCCACCAUAUCAGUUUUCAGAUAAUGAGGAAGAGGCAUGAAGCACUUUUUAAAAUGUAUUUGUAUUCAAAGCAAUUAUUGACUGAAUUUAAUGAGACAUAUGCUGUUGUUUUUGUAAUAAAUGGUCUUAGGUAGAGUAGAUUGUACUGAUUAGAAGUCUGGGAAAAAAAAGAAAAAAUAACUUUUUAAAUCUGUAAUUGACAAUCAAUUCAAUU